GCGGGUCGGUACAAUAAACCUUCGGAGGUCGGGACAAUCGUAGUACUAGUACCGGUUGUUUUUAAUAUUUUUUCACCGAACUUCGGUCCGCCUCCACCGUGCUCGUUUGUGUACGUAGAUGAGUCGCAAGGCGAAAAACUACGUGGUCAAAAGUCGGUCGUCAAUUUUGACACAGAAGUCCAGGAACCCGUGCGGCAGCCGGCAGCGGUAAGUACGGGGCAAAACAAAAUCGGUUUUACUACAGGUUUAGUCGGUGAAACAAUACAUUCCCCAAUAAGCAGAUUGCGAGUCUCUGCAUAAGAAGAGCCAGCAAGAAUACCAGAAAAACAGAAAACAAAAGGUAUGACUUUGUCGAUCCUUGCCACAACAUUUGACUCUGCACUCCUGCGAGACCAGACUGACAGGGUGUUGGCGUUGCUGCAAAAAGAGAAAAAGAAAAAUAAAACGCAAAGCGAGGGGUACGUAGUAACGGUAAAAACAAACUUAUUAACAGAGCGGUAUCAAGGAGUAGCAACUAACAGUUGUAUACGCACUAUAGAGGAGGAGGAGCAGCUAGUACACUUUGAUUCAUUUAUCUUUGACUUGCUCCACCGUGUAGAAGCUUUGUUGACCUCCUGCUCUCUUCACGCGGCCACUAUUACCAAAAAAUGCAAGACGCUGGUCCCGCCCUUGUAACCGCCUUUUUCGAGGCAAAAACAAUCCUGACUGAGAAGGAAGGUGAUGCGGAUGGGGAACUGUGGGGCGGGAUGCUGAUGAACGUUUUUCGUGCACUUGACCAGUGCAAAGAGGCGGAGAAAUUCGAAGACGCUCUGGCAGAAAAUAUCAAGGAAGAAUUGGAGGGAAAUGGGCAGGUACUGACCAUCGAGAAGAUGACGGAACUAAACUUGAACAUCGUUCCCACGGCAAAGGCGUUCUGGCUCGCAGUGAGCGAGCAGAAGGAAGAGGGGAAAAAGGAAAUGGAACAGUGGUGCCAAAUCUUAUCGGCGUGCACGGGGGCUGAAAACACCGAGGAGGGGGUGACAAGGUUUGCCGCAUUUACGGAGGGAGGGUUAAAUGUGGAGGAUUUUCUGUAAAAAUGAAGCUGCGUGUCGGUGUCUCAGUUUCUUCUUUGGAGUAGUAGUACAGCACGAGGAGUGUAGAAUAAAUCCCGGGCAGCGGUGGUGGCCCUCGCAGCUUUUACUUUAUCUCACUAAAAAAAUAACGCAGUACAUCGAGAACGCCGAGAACGUUCCUUCUUUUUUCUAGCGUUGUAUAAUCCUCGUUUCAGUCGGUCCCUACAAAAAUGCGGAUCAGUUAUUAUUGCGCUUUUAGGCACGGCAUGGGCAUAAUCUCUCACUUUCACAUUGACAUGUUUAAAAAUUUUCAACCAUGUCGGCAGGUGGAAAGGUUAUUGCGACCGAUCUGUUUGCGUAGUAAUCUGGUAACCAAAGCGUGCGCAAGCGCUCGCAAGAGCGCUUUGCGCGCGGGCUUGCCCGCGCGCAAAGCGCUCUUUGCGAGAUGCUCAUCCAU